AUGGCCAGGGCCUCAUUCUUGGAGCUCCCAGACGAGCUUAUCCUACUGCUGGCCGAUUGCCUGGUUGCAGAGACGGAUCUCAACCCCCUCGUUCGCACAAACAAACGCCUAAAUACAAUACUAGACCCAGUCCUAUAUACGCGCCAUGUUCGACUCUCGGCAAAACGAGCACGGCACAGCAACACCCACAAAGGUUGUUGGGCCUUGCUCUGGGCAGCGGCCCAUGGUCGACUACCCACGGCAAAGAAGGCAAUCCAAGCGGGGGCACAUAUCGACGGCAGAAUGAUGGCUCCCGAAGAUUCAGAUUUCGACAGUGAGCACAGUGAGGAUGAUGAAAGUGGUUGGGUCGAAGAAAUAGGUGCUUGGCCCUAUUACCAGACACCGCUGCUCCUGGCUUCCACCGCCGGGCAUACAACAAUCGUGAGGUUCCUGCUGGAAGAGGGGGCGGACGUGGAGGUGGAAGAGGGCAUCGGGUGUACUUCGCUCACAAGAGCCGCUGAAAUGGGCCAUGCCGAGGUUGUCCGUGUUUUACUAGAUGUUGGAAGGGCAAAUGUGAAUGCUCAGAAUCACUAUCAACACACGCCGCUCACGGAGGCAGCUGGGCAUGGGCACGCUGCAGUUGUGAAGAUGCUGCUGGACACGGGGGAUGUCGAUGCGGAUGUGCUGACCAGGAAUGACGAAACGGCUUUGACAAUGGCCAUCAGGAGGGGACACUCGGCUGUUGUCAAAGUUUUGCUUGAGUCUGGAAUGGUUGAGCCAGACUUGAAAGACCAUAAUGGCAUGACGCCGCUGCAUGUUGCCGUUCAGUGUCGGCAGGAGGAUAUUGUUCGAAUGCUCCUGGAAACGGGGCGGGUUAAUGCAAAUUCCAAGAACAUCUUUAGCAAUACGGCGGUGUCGUAUCUCUUCACAGGUGGGCCUUUUUCUGGGAUUGAAGACAGCAGGGCAGAAGGAAUUGCAAAUACACUACUGAGGUGGGAGGGCAUCGAGGUUGAAUCAGACUUCUGCUCGGUGGAUUCGUUCUUCCACUGGGCUAGCACGCACGGCUUUAUUGACGUUAUGAAGCUGCUUUUGGAGAUGAACCCGGGAAACGUUAAUACGGAGUGGAAUGAUGGAUGGGGUGGGCUUUCGCCCCUCCGAUGCGCCGCUGAAGGUGGUCAUGUCGAGGCAGUUGAAUUUCUCCUGAGGGUCUGCAACGUUGAUCCCAACACCAUGGCAGACGUGGACGGUCGCUCGCCACUCUCAGCAGCCGUAGCAAACAGCCAUAGUGCCGUCGUCAGGAUAUUGUUGGAUGGAAAAGACGUCAAUGUCAAUGCCGUCGAGAAGAACGGCAUGACACCACUGAAUUGGGCGGUCAAGGUCGGCCAUCGAGAUAUGACCCAAUGGCUUCUUCAACGUGGAGCAAGUCCUAUCGGGGCUAACGCGGCCACUGAUAUAUCCUUACUUCUCCAAGCAUGUGAUGACGACAGUUCUGAAAUUGCCGAGAUGCUCCUUGAAAAAGGUGCUGAUCCUUAUGCCGUCAACCCAGCUGGAUAUACAGCUCUACACUUUGCGUGCCGAAACGGAAAUAUAACGUUAGCAAACAGGCUCCUCGCUGCAGCCGCCAACUCCAAAAAAGCUGCGUAUAAUGGUUCUACGCCCCUUCUGGAGGCGUGCAAUGCAGGAAAUGAUGUCCUCUUUAACACGUUGCGAGACAAAGGCGCAGACCCCUUGACCACUUUGAAGACUGGAUGGACGACUCUCCACGGAGCUUGCAAGUCUGGAAAUGCAAGGCUCGUCGAAAUGCUGUUAUCAUAUAAUUUAGAAUCUCUCAUCACAGCCAAGACAUACAAAGAAAGCUCAAUGCCAGUGUAUGAAAAGGGAUCAACACCACUCUACGAGGCAUGUCGCUCUGGCAACCCUGAGAUAGUCUGUAUGCUACUCGCCAAGGGUGCAAAUCCAUUGAUCAGAGUGGCGAGUGGCCGAACGUGCCUCCAUGCUGCUUGCAACACCGGAAACAUCGCAACAAUGGAGCUCCUUCUGUCAAAGGGUGCUUAUCCUGUUUCACAGACAGAAUGGGCGUGGCGGCCAAUACAUGAGGCUGCUUCCCGAGGCCACUUGGAAGCUGUGAGGAUGCUACAUGAGUCUCAUGGCGUGCACGUCGAUUUUGAAGAUGACAAUCAGCGGACACCCAUUUUCUAUGCCGCCGCCAGAGGACACGAUGACGUUGUGAAGUACUUGCUGGAAAAUGGUGCCCAACAUGACUGCAGGGACUAUACUGGCUGUCCGCUGCUUUUUGUCGCCGCCAGGAAUGGUCAUGUCAAUAUUGUGCGGCGGCUCCUAGUGCUAAACCCAGCAGCGGCAGGAUACGAAGGGGCUAGAGGGGAGACCUUUGAGGAUUCCAUUCGCCUCCUUGACAAUGACGAGCUUAAGGAGCUCGUGAAGUACCCUCGCCGGUUUGUGCGCCAGGUUAAAGGUGCGGGUGGUUUGGAACGUCUGCUUCAAGAAACAACAGGUCGUGAGAACGAAUCUGUUUCCACCAGUCUAGAGAAGCAGCGGUGCUACUGUGAUAUAUGCACGUGUGUUCUUGUUCCUGGCACGGCAGCGUCAAGGUGCACGUCGUGUGAUAUGGGGGACUUUCUCAUUUGUCACGAAUGUAUGCGUGGCAGGACGCCCUGCAAAGGACCUCCUCUUGACGAUAGUCAUACUUGGGUACCUUAUCAAUGUAGGUGUGAUUUGUAA